CGUGUAGGCCGCAGUGAAGCCUGAACUCCAGUAGGGCCCAAGCCAGCCAGGAAGGAGGAGGCAGCCAGAGUGGCCACCACUGUUCUCUGCAGCAGAAGACCCCUUGCUGCCAGGAACCCAGAACGGAGUACUACAUACUUAAGUUUCUCCUAGGCUGAGAGGGAAGUGACUGGCCCAGAGUCACCCAACAAGUAUGUGGCUGAAUGGGGAUUUUGAACCCGGGUCUCGCCAGUCCUAGACCAGCACUCUAACCACUACACCACAGCUGGCUCUUCCUGAAGACUCGACUGACUAAUUGCUGAGGUGGCUUUGCGCCGAGCGUUGACCAGAGAGCAACUGCUUCCGAAAUAAAGGCACAGCUUGACGCUUAAUGAGAAAACGAGGAUCCCGCGAGGUGGUGAUUGGUUCCCUUUCCAAUGGGUUGCAAUUUGUUACGAAUAAAGACACUUCUUGAGCUCGGGUCAGUCAGACGAAGGCUGGGCAGCGACUUGGCUGCCUCGCGGGCUUGGAGGGGAGAUGCAGAAGCGCCGCGGUCAGAGAAAUGAAAGUCUGGCUCGGCCGCUGACCAUGAAGCAGCCGCGCCCUCCUCCCUUCCCCUUGAUCUUCGGGCUCUACUGCAUUUGCGCUGUGCAGUUCACUGCAGGAUUUCCUCAGCCAUUUGCCGGCUACCUAGGUGAAUCAGAUAUUCCUACAAGUGAGAGACUGGCUCUGUGUUUCAGUCAAUGGACAGAACUGUCUGAUCAACCUCAGAUCUCCAGUUCUGUUAUGGAUCUUUGUAACUCCAUGUUUAAUGGCAUGCAGGUAGAUGAGGAACAUAAACAGGAAGUAUUUAAAAGAUUCUUAUUUCACUACUCCAGAGCUCAAGAUCCAACAUAUCCACUUAAAGCUGGGUCUUUCCCUGUGCAUCCUUUAAUGCGUCUUGCUCCAAAGCUCUCAGAGAGAAGAAUGAAAAGAUUCCUUGAUCCAGAAUCCUCUGUUCUUGCUGCUGCAGAAUUUACAAAGAAGGAUGGCUUGGAUGGCUUGGGACGACCCUUUUUCCUUUUCAGGCCAAGGAACGGAAGGACAGUGAACAAUGGAGGUGAAUGAGGCUAUUCAAAAGAACUCAGUGGAAAAUGAAAAUCCAUCGGUUGCCCUCCUUUUUCCAUCAACUUUGUAAAACAGUUUUGAACUAAGUUUUGUUUCAAGAGACAUGUUUCCCCAAUGUACAAAGUUACUUAUAAUAAAUUUGCAGCGAUA